ACAUCAACCCAAAAAUGAAGCUCCCUCUGCACUUCCUCCUCCUCUCCUCCUCCUCUCCACCCUCCUCUGUCCCUCCUCCUCCGAACUCUGCCACCCUGAGGACAAGAAAGUCCUCUUAGAUAUCAAAAAAGCCUUCAACAACCCUUACGUCCUGUCCUCAUGGGACCCCAAGGCAGACUGCUGUCAUUGGCUCUGCGUCGAGUGCGACCUCAUCACCCACCGCAUCAUCAGCCUCAUCAUCAUGGCCGACGAUAAGAUUUCCGGUCCCAUCCCACCUCAAGUCGGCGACCUCCCUUUCCUCCAAACCCUCGUAUUCCACAAACUCCCCAACAUCACCGGUCCAACUCAGCCCACCAUUGCCAGACUCAAAAGCCUUACAUUCCUCCGGUUGAGCUGGACCAACAUCUCCGGCUCUGUUCCAGACUUCAUCGGCCAACUCAAGAACCUGACUUUCUUGGACCUUUCAUUCAACAAUCUCACUGGCUCAAUCCCUAGCUCGCUUCCUUCACUACCAAAUCUUGGAGCCCUUCAUUUGGACAGGAACAAGCUCACUGGAACAAUCCCGAAAUCGUUCGGAAAAUUUCAGGGGAAUGUACCCUAUGUGCUCCUGUCACAUAACCAACUUUCAGGCAAAAUUCCAGCCUCUUUAAGCAAAACCGACUUCAGCCUCAUUGAUUUAUCCAGGAACAAGCUUGAAGGCGAUCCUUGGAUGCUGUUCGGAACAAACAAGACGACAUCGCAAAUCGAUCUGUCAAGGAACAUGUUCGAAUUUGAUCUAUCCAAAGUGGAGAUUCCGAAGAGCAUGCAGUAUUUAGACCUGAAUCAUAACAGGAUUAGUGGUGGCAUUCCGGCGGCAUUGGCGGCGAUGAAUAACCUGCAGUUCUUGAAUGGCAUGGCCAGUUCUGUUGCUCUUUACCCACAUCACAGUCCUGGUUGCACCUAGCAAUGUCUUCUAUAAGGCCAUGUUAGAUGCCACAUCAGAUCCACGUGGCAUUUGAUAAUGUGGCAUUUAUUCUUAUUCCUAAUUUCGUUUUCUUGAUUUUUUUUUUAAAUUUUAUUACUGAUUGUUAACUUUGGAUAAAAAAAAUUUGUUAGU